AUCUAAAAUUUUCGAACGUAGUAAAAGAAAAGUCGCACGUUUGGCAAGAUACAGCUGAUUCUGAGGAAAACAAAUAAUUAAUCAAAAACCAGUCCUUCAAGGGGAAAGCAGCAUUGAAACGCUGGUUUUAAGCUGCAAGUGACUUGCACUUUUAAAAAACAGGCGUUUCUACAUUGAUUUUCAUCAGUUUAACGUGUCAGAUAAUAUUUCCACAGAAAAUGGCUCCUUCAGAACCAAGAAAAGGCGAAAGAAAACCGAAAGACGAUCGUUAUCUUGCACCUCUUUCUCCGCCACCAAUAUUGGAUAUUACAGAUGAUGAAUUGGUCAGCAUCUCUGUUCGAGACCUGAACAGAACUUUGAAGCUUAGGGGCUUAACGAGAGAAGAGAUUGUUCGAAUGAAGCAAAGAAGACGGACAUUGAAAAAUCGAGGAUAUGCGGCGUCCUGCCGAAUAAAACGAAUUGAGCAGAAAGAUGAAUUGGAAGUCGAAAAGACGCAAGAAUGGCGCGAUAUGGAAGUUAUGCAGGAAGAAUUAGUUACCAUGAAGGAAGAGAUGAGUACGAUACGUAGUCGAUACGAUGCAUUGAAGAGAUUUGCUGGUACUAAUAAAAUUCACAUUCCUGUAGAAUUAGAACAUUUGUGACCUGAUCACAACUUAUUUUAUAUAAGUAAGUCGUAAAUCUUUAUGAAUAGAUAUGUAUAUUUCGGACACUAAACAAUUCUGUAUGUUAUGAUGCUAGUGAUGAAAUUAUUAUUUUCUGUUCCAUGUGACAAAUCCUUUUUAGGAAACAUAUAAAUGUACAUUAAGCGAGUCUGUAAUAAAUAGCAAUCGAUCGUUUAAAAAUAAAAA